AUGGCUCUGAAUACGUCGCCGCUCGCUAAGAUCGUUUCGCCUAACACGGCAUCCAAGCUUCUUGCAGGACCUGCUCGGGUGGUUCCGGUGGAUGCCACAUGGUACAUGCCCAAUUCACCCCACAAUGCUCGGGAGCAAUUCCAGAACGAGGACCGUAUCCCAGGAUCCGUAUUUUUUGAUUUGGACAAGGUGUGCAGCUCAGAGAGCCCCUACCCACACAUGUUACCUCUGCAGAGUGUUUUCAAUUCAGCAAUGGCUCAGUUGGGUAUCCGCAAGGCAGAUCACGUGCUUGUCUAUGACCGGUCGGGCAUCUUCUCGGGCCCCCGGGCAGCAUGGACCCUCUCUUUGUUUGGCCAUGAGAAUGUUUAUUUGCUUGACCACUACAAGCAAUUCAAGGAGGAUUUCGGUGUAGAACAGAGGAAGUUGCUGGAGAACAAGAAGCUGAAAAUGCUGCUGCCAAGCACAUACGAAGGGGUUCCCCAGGAGCUGUUCUCCCGCCAGUACAAAGCACAAGUAAUGGAGUUUGAGGAGCUCAGGGACUUGGUUGUUGCCGGGAAAUUGGCAGAUAAGUAUUAUGCCUUUGACGCACGGGCCAAGGGCCGCUUCACCGGGGAGGACCCAGAGCCUAGAAAAGGUUUGUCGUCAGGACAUGUUCCAGGAUCAAUGUCGCUCCCCUUCCCCAAAGUGUUGAAUGCCAAGGGCCAUUAUAAAUCGCGUGAGGAGCUCAUCCAGCUUUUCCAAGAAGAGUAUGCGCUUGACUUGACGCUGCCCUUGCUGAGGGAUGGCAUCCUUGUCAUGUGUGGCACGGGUGUCACCGCUGUUAUUCUUCAGAUGGCCAUACACAAAGUUUCUGCCGAUAUUCCUGUUCGCGUGUAUGACGGCUCUUGGACAGAGUGGGCGCAGCGUGCGCCCGAGCUCAUUAAAAAGAGUUGA